AUGCAAUCAGAUCGUAGAGUACCAACCAUAAACACAACAGACAUGCGGCAACAACAUCGAAAACGUUCAUAUUCUAAUGGAAACUUUCGUAAACGCGAUCGACAUGACCUUAUUUGCGUAGUGUGUCAUGCACCCGCUAUGGGUUACAACUUCGAUCAAAUAACAUGUGAAAGUUGUAAAGCAUUUUUUCGACGAAAUGCACUGAAUAAUUCGAAUAGACUAAAAUGCCGGGCUGGUAUAAAUGAUUGUGUUAUAACGUUAGAAACACGAAAAAGAUGCAAAUAUUGUCGUCUAAAAAAAUGCUUUAAUAAAGGGUUGCGCAAAGAAUGGAUCAUGUCCGAAGAAGAAAAGCGUACAAAAAAACAAAAAAUAGAAGAUAAUCGUCGUUUACGUGCUAUAUCACAAAGUUUAUCGAUGCUAUCGAAAUCAUCAUAUUCACCAUUAAUUGUACCCGAUGAUAAACAUUCCCAAUUUUCUUUCGAAAAUUGUGACGACACAUUCGAUGAAGAUUCAAAUGAAUAUAAAUAUUUUUUACAAGAUAAUGACCGCUCUUUAUUGACUACAAUUGAAGAACAUUAUACUCAAGCUGUUCGAUUAAACAUUUCGGUUAUAAAAGGUUAUGAUAAUCCAUGUUUAAGAAAUCUGAAUGAUUUUGUUGAUGUACUCAAUGAGCCAGCUCAUAUAAGUGCUUUACGAAUGAUAACACUUUUAAAACUGACACAAGAAUUUAAUUCAUUACAUGAAGAUGAUAGACUUGUACUUGUGAAGCAUAACUUAAUGGCGAUAUUAGUUAUACAUUUUUGUAUAUGUACCGACAUCAAUAGUGGAAUUUUUCAUGAACCAAAUACUCCAAAUGAUUUCUGUUAUCAUGCCAGUGAAUUACGUAAUUAUUCCGAUGCUAUUUAUAUUAGAACAAUAGAUUUAACUGAUGAACUACAAAAACUAUGUUGCAAUGACCAUUUAAUAAUGAAAUUAUUGAUAUUAAUUAUAAUUUUCUCUAAAGGGGCUGAUUACACUGAACCAGCAUUAAUCGAAUCGCAAAGAGUAUUUCAUGCUCAAAACGUUUACAUUCGCCUUUUGUGGAACUAUUUAAACGUUCGUUUUGGUGAUGAUCAAACGGCAAGCCUUUUUUCUCGUCUUAUAUUCUGUUGUAUGAAAUGUCAUUCAAUUGCAAGAGAAACAAAAGAAACUAUUACUAAAAAAGACGCUCCGAAUAAAAAGUUUGCUCCGUUAAUGCAAUCUAUAUUACAAAUAUCCUAG